AUGAAUCACAGCAACAACGACGGCGACGACCAUAACAAUGUGAACGUGGAAGAAGACCCGACGACGGCCUGCAUCGCCGCCAUUGGAAUCGCCUUACUCCUAAGGCUUAUGUGCCUCAUUUUCGCUAUUCCUCCAGUCCUCGCCGUCUUCAUCUUCUGCCUCGCCUCGAUCACCUUCAUACAGUUCUGGUUCAGAGAAGAUGAGCCGGAGAUCGAACACAUGGAGGAUUUCGACUUUACGGGCAGAGACCUAGAAGACAACGAGAAGGCAGUGAAGUUUCUGGAAGCAUUCUUGAGGGCAUUGAAGGGGAAAGAAGAAAGAGGAAGAGACGGGAGAAAGAAGAAGGAAGGGUCGAAGAACGCGGAGGGUAGCAUUAAGUGUUUCGGGAGCGAAGAAAUAGUGGAAUUAGGUUACAGGGAGUGUUCGAUUUGUAUUGAUGAUUUCCAGAAAGGAGAGAAGUGUCUGGUUUUUCCGCGUUGUGGCCAUAUAUUUCACUGCAGGUGCAUAGCGCGCUGGGUGAAGUUGAAGAUGAAGAAACUGACGUGUCCAGUUUGUCGUUGCAGCUUCGGCUCGAAUGCAAACGGAACCGGAGGAUUCAGAAGGUGCUCAUGCGAAUUUGCGGCCCCUUGUCCUGCCACUUAA